UCAGUCUUCACUCUCCACAGAGCCACCAUGAUUGCAAUGCAAAUUAUCCAAAACAGCCUGAGACCCAUUUGGUGCGCAGCACCCGACAUUUCCCACAAGCCCCAUAGGCACCCACCACUGCAUCUCCCACUCUCUUCUUCCCUCUCUCAUCACCAUUUUCUCUCCGCCCCUUCACGGUUUUCUCCCCAUGUUUUAUUUGCAUCGCCUGAGAGCCAACUAGAUAUGGAGGUUACAACAGAAACCAGCAGCGAAUGGGCAAUGCAAGACUUUUAUACCUUAAGAAGAGACGUAGAAGCUAUUUCAGAACGUGCUGAAGAGAUUAGAGCCUCUGCUGGUUUACAGCAAUUAGAAGAAGAACUUGCAGCUCUGGAGAUGAAAGCAGCAGAUAGCUCCUUCUGGGAUGACCGUGCUAAAGCUCAAGAAACCCUUCUGGCGCUAACUGAUGUCAAAGACAAAAUAAAACUGCUUACAGAUUUCAAAACGCAGGUUGAAGAUGCUGAAACUAUAGUUAAGCUUACUGAAGAGAUGGACUCCAUAGAUACUGGGCUCCUUGAAGAGGCAGCCAACAUCAUUAAAGAAUUGAACAAGGCAUUGGAUCGGUUUGAGUUGACUCAAUUACUCUCUGGUCCCUAUGACAAAGAAGGCGCUGUUAUCUCUAUCACUGCUGGUGCCGGAGGCACUGAUGCGCAGGACUGGGCUGACAUGCUUCUCAGGAUGUAUGUGAGAUGGGGAGAGAAGCAGCGGUAUAAGACGAGAGUGGUUGAAAAAUCCAUGGGAGAAGAAGCAGGUAUUAAGUCAGCUACCAUUGAACUCGAAGGCCGUUAUGCGUAUGGAUAUUUGUCUGGAGAGAAAGGAACACAUCGAAUUGUGAGACAGUCUCCUUUCAACGCCAAAGGUCUUCGUCAGACAAGCUUUUCUGGGGUUGAAGUCAUGCCUCUCCUUCCUGAGGAGUCGAUGGAUGUUGAAAUACCAGAGGAAGACCUGGAAAUCAGUUUUUCCCGGGCGGGUGGAAAAGGAGGUCAGAAUGUGAACAAGGUGGAAACCGCCGUCCGAAUAACCCAUAUCCCCACUGGAGUCACUGUUCGCUGCACAGAGGAGAGAUCACAACUAGCAAACAAGAUAAAGGCUCUAAGCCGGUUGAAAGCCAAACUACUGGUGAUAGCAGAAGAACAAAGAGCAUCUGAAAUCAAGCAGAUAAGGGGGGAUGCAGUGAAGGCAGAGUGGGGGCAGCAGAUAAGAAACUAUGUAUUCCACCCCUACAAGCUUGUGAAGGAUGUACGGACAGGGUACGAGACAUCAGAUAUUACUUCAGUCAUGGAUGGUGAGUUAGAACCCUUCAUCAAAGCUUACCUCAAGUUCAAAUUCAGUAUGACUCUGUCUAAACAAAACUGAUGAUGGCAUUCUUAGCUUCUAAGAUCUUGUAAUCUAAUACAUUGACAGAAUCUUGGAUGUCGGUUUUUGGUCUGUUUAGCGCAGUUGUAACUUUUGGUGAAGAAAAGGUAUUUUAAUUCUUUUGAUAUAAGAAAUAAUAUGUAACAUCUUAAAAU